AUGCCGGCAUUGACCAGCGAGACCUUUGACUUGCCUCUGGCAAAACGGCAAAAAACAACUCCUGAUCAACAUGCUCGGGAUGUUUCUCGUGGAGGGUCAAAAAUCUUUGCGCCCUUUCGGACACUAGGACUUGUCUCCCCCACUUCCGUUCCUUUCACUAGUGUGCGAUUGGGAAAAUCGACUUUCCAGAUCACGACCUCUGUUGGCCAUUCACUGCAGACCUAUGAUCUGCGUAAAGGCUUGAACCUGAUCUUCCUGACCCGCCCAUCCACCCCGGAAGUCAUCACCGCCACCCAUGCCUGGCAGGACAAAGUUUUUGCUGCCUGGGGCUAUCUUCGGCCGCGGUCCCCCGGGGGAAUUUGGGUGUUCAAACGAGGCAAACGAGUGGCGUCCCUGGAAGGCCCUGCACUAGAUGGGCCCAUCGAGCGAUUGGCAGUCUUUGGUUCGUGGAUCGUGGGCUGUUGGGCAGGGGGCAUAGAGAUCUGGAAGACGGGUAGUUAUGAGCACUAUGCCAGUCUUCGACCCCGGCCCAUCUCCGGCCCGGCCGGGGACCAGGUCUACUCGGGAACCAUGUGCACGAUGCCAACCUAUCUCAAUAAGAUCUUUGUGGGACGGGUGGACGGUGGCAUCGACAUUUGGAACUUGCGCAGUGGAAAACUGCUGCACACCUUUCUUCCCCCCUCGUCCGCUUCUGGUGCCGUGACAGCCAUGUAUCCAACCCCUGCUUUGUCGCUUCUGGCCAUUGCCCAUAAGAACGGCUCUUUAUUCAUCCAAAACGUUGACUCGGGUCAGCUCGUUCUGAGCUUGCGGACGGCAUCUGCUCGCGCCUCUCCGGUGACAUCGAUCACGUUCCGAAGCGAUGGACUGGGUGCGGGUCACGAUGGCCGUAAGGCCGGUGUGAUGGCCACAGCUUCCGGUGGUAGCGGGGAUAUCACCAUGUGGGACUUGAAUCAGGGAGGUCGGGUGGCCGGGAUUCUGCGUGGUGCUCAUAAAGUAUCGAACGCUGAAUCCGCCAUGGGGGUAAACCGAGUCGAAUUUUUGGAUGGACAGCCCGUCCUGGUCUCCUCAGGAGACGACAACGCUCUGAAAACUUGGAUCUUCGACGAGACUCCUUUCUCGCCGACUCCACGUCCGCUUCAUGUGCGGGGCGGCCAUUCCGCGGCUGUCAGUGCCUUGAACUUCAUCCCGGCACCUUCGGACGGUUCGGACUCCAGUGGAAAAUGGCUGCUGAGUGCCAGCAAGGAUUGUAGUCUCUGGGGUCUCAGCUUGCGUAAGGAUAGCCAGCACGCUGAGCUGUCGCAAGGCAACCUGGAGCGCAAAGCCAAGAAGCAGGGGCCAGCCGGCCAAUCCAAUGCAACUCCCGUAGAGGCUCUUCGGGCACCGGAGAUCACGUCUAUCGCAUGCUCUUUGAAUCGUGACGGUGGUAUGGGUGUGACCACUUCCGGUCCGAUCUGGUCAAAUCCCAAGUUCGGAAGCACCGAUGCCUCCAACGCAACCGGUUGGGAGAGUGUGGUGACCGGGCAUCGAGGCGACAAGCAUGCCCGUACAUGGUUCUGGGGUAAGAAGAAAGCAGGCCGAUGGGCAUUUCCCACGAGUGAUGACACUGAAGUCAAGAGCGUGGGCAUGUCUCAGUGUGGAACAUUUGCACUUGUUGGAUCUGCCGGAGGGUCAAUCGACAUGUUCAACAUGCAAUCCGGUCUUCAUCGCCAAAGUUUUCCCUCUCGAUCACCAAAAGCCCGGUCUAGAAAGACUCCAACAGUGCAAGACUCCACUGCCUUGGAUUCCACGUCAGAUAUCAAACACACUAAGGCGGUGACCGGUUUGAUGGUGGAUAACUUGAACCGGAUGGUGAUCAGCUGUGGGUUGGAUGGGAAAGUCAAGUUCUGGGAUCUUCUCUCGGGGAGCCUCAUUGACGAGUUAGACUGGCACCCGAUGGCGGCCAUUACUGGACUUCGCUAUAGCAAGACAAGUGAGUUGGUUGCCUUUAGCUGCGAUGAUCUUUCCAUCCGCGUCGUGGAUCUUGAAACCCGCAAACUAGUUCGUGAGUUCUGGGGGUGUGUGGGUCAGGUCAAUGAUUUUAUUUUCUCCAACGAUGGGCGAUGGAUCAUUGCGGCCUCGAUGGACUCUGUGCUCCGCGUAUGGGACCUGCCCACCGGGCAUCUCAUCGACAUCUUCCGAGUUCCUAGCACCUGCGUUUCGCUGGCCGUGUCAUCUACCGGCGAAUUCCUCGCAACGGCCCAUGCAGGAAGCAUCGGCAUUAGCCUCUGGAGUAACCGCAGUCUAUUCAUGCCAAUUUCAACGAAAAACCUGGACGAAGAUCUCAUUGCCGACGUGGGGGUACCGACAACGGCCGGGGAGAGUGGUGCCGGGCUCGUGGAAGCAGCCUUCUUGGAUACGCCCGAGCUGGAUGACGCCGAAGGCCCGUUGCCGGCCACGGAGCAGCUUCGAAAAGACAUGGUUACGUUGAGUUUAGUUCCCAAGAGCCGGUGGCAAGCACUACUCCAUCUUGAUGCAAUUCGGGAACGAAAUCGACCCAAGGAAGCGCCGAAGGCCCCGAAAAAGCACCAUUCUUUCUCCCCUCGCUUCUUGCCAUCUAACAACGCUACCGAUGCUGGCGACGUGGGAUUUGCCUCCCUCGCUGAGACAGCGGAGGCUGAGCGAUCCCGAAUCAUCAAGGCCCAGACGGGCGUGACUGGUGCUUCUGACUCUCUCAUUACUCGGCUGCUGGCAUCUGGGCAUCGCUCGGCCGAUUUUGAGCCCCUGAUUGAGCACCUCAAGUCUCUCACUCCCGCUCGGGCCGAUCUGGAGAUCCGAUCGCUCGAUCCACGUGUGCGCAAUGGAUUUUCCGAGCUCUCUGGGUUUGUGGCUGCACUCACGAUGCGGCUGCGGCAGCGGAGAGACUUCGAGUUGGUUAAUGCUUGGAUGGCGGUCUUCUUGAAGAUCCACGCCGAUACUGUGGGGCUUUGCUCCCAUCGGGAUGAGCCAGAAUAUCAAUUGCUGCGUGACGCUCUGGCAUCAUGGGCCCUUGAGCAACAGCAGGAAGGGAAACGCUUGGCCGGACUUGUGGGAUACUGUCGCGGUGUAGUGGGUUUCCUCCGAUCCGCUCGCUGA